AUGGCAAUGCUAUCUCGAGUCCCUUUCCAACUUACCGGUCGCUAUGCCGAACGUAAUAAGUGGGAAGUCGUCAACGGCCCUGGCGACUCUCGCCCAACAGCCUUGGAAGUAAUUGAAGAUGAAGGUCUCGUUAGAACCAUGAGCGACAAAGUUGUCUUAAUCACUGGUGUAUCUUCUGGCAUAGGUCCCGAAACCGUUCGCGCUAUGGUAUCAACGGGGGCUACUAUCUUCGCUACAGCCCGAAAACUUGACCAAGCGCGGGAAGUCCUUGGCUCUUCACUUCUCGAGAAUGGAGCCGUGAAUCUGUUGUUCAUGGACCAGACGGACCUCUCGAGCGUUCAGGCUUGUGCUGCCGAGUUUAGACAGCGGAGUGACGGCAAACUCAACGUCCUAAUCAACAAUGCCAGUGUUAUGAAGACACCCGAAGGUCGUACUAAGGACGGCUUUGAGUUACAGUUCGGGACGAACCAUUUGUCGCACUUCCUCCUUUUCUAUCUUCUCAAAGAUCUCCUGCUCUCUAGCUCGACACCUGAAUCCCACUCACGCGUCGUCAACGUUUCGUCCUCGGGUCAUCGCUAUUGCCCUGUACGAUUCGACAACUUGAAUUUUGAGGGCGAAUAUAACGGAUGGGCUGCAUACGGCCAAUCCAAGACAGCUAUGAUUUAUAUGACAAACCAAAUUGAGAGGCUUUAUGGUGCCCAAGGUCUACAUGGGUAUAGUUUGAACCCAGGCAGCUUUGUAAGCCCCAAUUUGCAGAAGUUCUGCCAAGAAGAGAUGGAAGAGACCAAAAGCGAUGAACGGAAAAUGAAGUAUUUCGUCAAUAUACAACAAGCUUGUGCUACAAGUAUUUACGCGGCUGUGUCAAAGGAUCUAGAGGGUAGAGGAGCCCUAUACCUUGAAGGUGCAUCAGUGGCAGGCCCUGUACCACCAGAUGGUGACGUAAUUGAAUAUGGGUACGGGGAAUGGGCGUAUGAUCGUGAGAAAGAAGAGAAGUUGUGGGAGAUCAGCAAGAAGUUGGUUGGUGUUGAGUGA